GCCUGGCCCCCCUCCUUCCCAAAAGCACCAGCAGCCACGCCGGCCGAGGAGCCGUCCGCUCUCGCCCCGGCCUCACCUCGCCGGCCCCGAGCGCGCGCGGGGAGCUCGGAUGUCCGGUUUCCUGUGAGGCUGUACCUGACCCCGUCGCCUCUCGCCGGCAGUGGCUGGGACGGCGACGUGCGACGUCGCGAAGGCCGCCAGCGGCUCGCCCUCGGGGGUCAGCGCUGGGCUCUGGGGCGGGCGGAGGGCGAGCGGCGCGUCGCUGCGCCCUGGCCGGUCCACCAUGCGCCAGCUGCGCGCCUUGUCCCUGGCGUGUUCCCUGCUCGCCGCCGCGCUGCUGCCGGGUCCGAGCCACUCGCCUGCCGCCGCAGCCGCCCUGGAGUCGGGACUCGGCUUCUCGGACGCGGAGCCGGAGGAGGGCGAGACCCAGGCUUAUGCAGGUAGAGAUCUGGAGGAGCAGCUGCGGGAGGUGUCCAGUGUGGACGAACUCAUGACUGUGCUCUACCCAGAGUAUUGGAAAAUGUACAAGUGUCAGUUACGCAGAGGAGGCUGGCAACAGGAUGAAGAACAGCCCAACAUCAGUACCAGGACAGAAGACACUAUAAAAUUUGCUGCCGCACAUUAUAACACAGAGAUCUUGAAAAGUAUUGAUUAUGAGUGGAGAAAGACUCAAUGCAUGCCGCGUGAGGUGUGUGUAGAUGUGGGGAAGGAGUUUGGAGCAGCCACAAACACCUUCUUUAAACCUCCAUGUGUGUCCGUCUACAGAUGUGGGGGCUGCUGCAACAGCGAGGGGCAUCAGUGCAUGAACACCAGCACAGGCUACCUCAGCAAGACGUUGUUUGAAAUCACGGUGCCUCUCUCUCAAGGCCCCAAACCGAUAACGGUCAGUUUUGCCAAUCACACUUCCUGCCGCUGCAUGUCUAAGCUGGACGCGUACAGACAAGUCCACUCCAUCAUCCGACGGUCCCUGCCGGCGAUGCUGCCGCAGUGUCUCGCCGCCAACAAGACAUGCCCAACAAAUUACACGUGGAAUACCCAUGCCUGCAGGUGCCUCACUCAGCAAGACUUUUUAUUUGCCUCUAGUGCUGGAGACGGUAAGCAGAAUGACUCGGCAGAUGGAUUCCACGACAUCUGUGGACCUAACAAGGAGCUGGAUGAAGAGACUUGUCAGUGUGUCUGCAAAGGGGGGCUUUGGCCUUCCAGCUGUGGACCCCACAAAGAACUGGACAGGGACUCAUGCCAGUGUGUCUGUAAAAACAAACUUUUCCCCGCCUCGUGUGGGCCCAACAGAGAAUUUGAUGAAACCACAUGUCAAUGCAUAUGUAAAAGAACCUGCCCGAGAAAUCAACCCCUCAACCCCGCAAAAUGCGCCUGUGAAUGUACAGAAAAUCCACAGAAAUGCUUCUUAAAAGGAAAGAAGUUUCAACAUCAAACAUGCAGUUGUUACAGACGGCCGUGUGCAAACCGACCGAGGCACUGUGAGCCGGGACUCUCCUUCAGUGAAGAAGUGUGUCGCUGUGUCCCAGCAUACUGGAAAAGGCCACACGCGAACUAAGGCUGGACUAGUUUCCAGUCCGCCGCAUCUCUGCCGUGGAAACCUGAGCUGCCCCUUUCGAACUGUGUGGGGACAGAGAGACCUCUGUGGGGCCGUGGUGACAGGGACGGGAGUGGAGGAUUCCUGAACCACGGGGUCGCCGUCAUGGAAACGGGCUCGGACUCAUCUGCCAAGGGCCUCUCAUAAACACUGGUUUUCCGCCAAGGACCCAACAGCCCAGGUUUUCCUGUUAUGGUUUAAAAAAAAAAUAAUGACUAUAUAAUUUAUUUCCACUAAAAAAUAUUGUGUCUGCAUUCAUUUUUAUUGCAAUAACAAUUGGUAAAGCUCACUGUGAUCAAUAUUUUUAUAUCAUGCAAAAUAUGUUUAAAAUAAAAUGGAAAUUGUAUUAUAAGCCGCUAA